AUGGCGCCGAUGCUGGAAGCGACGUAUUCUCAUCCUACCGACACAGGAUUCUCCGUCUCGCACCAGAAGCUAGACUUUGAAAUCGACUUGCUUUCACGCAGCUUGAAAGGGAGGACAGAGCUUACCGUCAAUCCUCACUCGAAGGAUUUGAAAUACAUUCAACUGAAUUGCCGACAAUGCGAGCUCAGGAAACUCACUGUCAACGGCAAGCCAGUUCCAGCUGUGACAUAUGAAGAUCCAUACAAACGGGCAAAGCUCCCAUGGCGCGCUGGCGUUCGCCAGUACCACAUGUUGCAGGACCGGUUGGACAAGUGUAUGAGGGCUCAGCCGGAGGAAGAGAUGAUAAUUAGCCUACCAAAGAGUCUGAAAAUAGAAGAGCUAGAUCCUUGGUCAGAUGAAGCGCAAAGUCUCUUGCUGUCAAAAACACUGGGAAGUAGCACGAGAGGCUCAGACGCCAAUGCGAUAGACCUCGCAAAGGAUAAUAAAACAGCUGUAGAACAAACAGCGCGAUAUACACCUAUUAUAGUCUGGAUGGAAUACGAGAUUCCAUAUCUACGAGAUGGUGUGCAUUUUGUUGGCUUCGACGACGGAGACCUGCGAUACCCUCAUGCAUACACGACCAGCUCUUCUUUUCCGGGAAACGCAGGUUGCCUUUUCCCUUGCCUUGAUGAUACGACUGCACGCUGCACAUGGGAGAUAUCAAUCAAAUGCGCCAAGACGAUAGGCGAUGCUUUUCGUUUGCCCAAGCCUGUGAAUGGCGUGGUAAACGGUGUGCGUGGCGCUCACCAGGCGAAGGUGAAGGAACGUGUAGAUUCAUUCAGCGAUGAGGACAAGGCACUAGAGCUUACAGUCCUUUGCUCUGGAGAGAUGACCGAUGAGAUUGUCGAUUCUAGCGAUUCGAAAUUGAGAACAAGUUCCUUCAUAUACUCGAAAGAGAUAUCAGCCCAGCACGUUGGCUUCAGCAUCGGUCCCUUCGACCAGGUUGACUUAGGCUCCUUCCGAAGGAGUGAGGAAGACGAUCGUCUGGGACCGCAAGCUGUGACUCUGCAUGGGUAUUGCUUGCCGAGAAGGACCUCGGACUUGAGAAAUACUUGCUUUCCUAUUAGUCAAGCCAUAGAUUACUUCAAUUUUCUGUACGGCUCAUACCCCUUCUCGAACUAUCAGCUCUGCUUUGUAGACGAUACGCCCGAGGAUGUUAUUCACACUGGAACAUUGUCGAUAUGUAGUAGUCGGCUUCUGUUCGGCGAGGAUGUUCUGGAUCCAAUCGAAAGUGUGACUCGUCAGCUAGUCCACGCGUUAGCUACGCAAUGGAUUGGUAUCGAUAUUGUUGCAAAGGAACUCAGAGAUACUUGGGCCAUCGUUGGAAUCGCCUACUUCAUGACUGAUAUGUUCCUGAAGAAAUUAUUUGGCAGGAAUGAUCACCGCUACCGACACAAACGAGUUUCAGAUCGAGUUGUGGAACUCGACGUUAAACGGCCAUCUCUGAUGGGGAUGGGAUCCUUGCUACACAUAGAUCCAUCUGAAUAUGAGUUCCUUGCUUUGAAAGCACCCUUAGUUGGGGAUUUGUCGAAUGGUGCAUUGGACACCGCCUACUUCAUACGGCAAUGUGAAAAACUGAGUCAUACGAAGUUAGAUCAAUUCUUCGCUCAGUGGGUUGAAGGAGCUGGCUGUCCGAGGUUUCGUGUCACUCAACGAUUCAAUAAGAAGAAGCUUGUAGUCGAAAUGUCAAUACAGCAAGUGCAAGGCGAGAAAGCCAAAGAUGAGGCGUUAGAUAGCACCACAUUCAUGAGAGACGUCAAAGAGGAUCAACGUGCGAUAUACGCUGGCGCUGUUCCACCUUGUUUCACCGGACCAAUGACGAUUCGCAUCCAUGAGGCUGACGGUACACCCUAUGAGCACAUCGUCGAGAUCAAGGAACCGUUGCAGAGAUUCGACAUUCCAUAUAACACCAAGUACAAGAGGCUGAAGCGCAAUCGACGCCACAAAGAAAGAACGACAGCCGCCGGCGCCGAGUAUGGGGCUGAUGAAGGUGGGGAUGUCCUCCUCUAUUCCUUGGGAGACAUACUCCAGGCCGAGGAUGACAUCAAGAAUUGGCGGCUAGUUGAUUGGACUGCUGAUGAUGAGGAUAAAAUGAGCCAAGAGUCGUAUGAGUGGAUUCGUAUGGAUGCAGACUUUGAAUGGAUAUGUAACAUGACAUUGAUGAUGCCCGGCUACAUGUGGGUAUCUCAACUACAACAAGACCGAGAUGUUGUAGCACAGCUUGAGUCAAUCCAAUUCCUGGAAAAACAGAACGGCCACCCCUUGAUAUCGACAUUCUUGAUCCGCACGUUGAUGGAUCAACGAUAUUUCCAUGGUAUACGGACGUCAGCUGCUCUUGCUCUACCCAAAAGCGCCCGAUACGAAAUGGAUUGGGUUGGCCAAUUCCAUCUUGAAAAGGCGUUCAAAGAGCUUUUUUGCUAUGCUGAUUCCAAUAUGACCAAACCCAAUGAUUUCUCGAACCGUGCAACAUAUCUCAUCCAAUGUGCAAUACCCCAAGCAAUGGCUGAAGUCAGAUAUGAAAAUGGGCAUUCCGCUUUCACUGCUAGGAAUUGGCUAUACGAAAAACUCAAGUACAAUGAUAAUGGAGACAACGAAUACUCUGACAGCCACUACAUCGCCCUACUCGUCCGCUCGUUGUCCCGCGCCAUGUCCACCAAACCUCCCCCGAGAAUCGAACAAGAAGCCUUCGACCUUUCGGUCGGUAUUGGCGAGGAAGACAACAUGGCUUUUCACGAGGGCUGCCUCGAGCAGAUUGACCGCUACCGCCGCAUGGAUGAAUGGAUACCCUCUCACCAAAACAUAAUAAGCCGCGCCACACUCGACGCAAAAUACACCCUCAUAAAAUCUGGCGCAGUCAAACUACAACCCCUGGACUUUUUACAAUACACGUCCCCCAUCACAUCCGAGCAUCUCCGCCUUCACGCGUUCUCCCACAUCAUGUCUCUUGGCCAGAUUCAUCACCUUGCCAUACUCCGCUGGUUCCUCUCCACCCUUGCCACUGACCCUUCUCCACGCAUCCGUGACCACCUCAUUCUAAUUCUCAACAAAACUUUCGGUUCUGUCGCAAUCGGCGAAGCCUUCCUUCCCAUUCAAGAUGUUGCCGCCACCGAGGACAAACCAGACCCCCCAGAAAAUGGCGGCCUCACUAUCGAAACCGAAGCCUCCACUUCCGAGCACGCUACAAAGAAAGCCCGCAAAACCACCAUGAGUGGCGCGCUCGAAGCUCUUAGGCAGGAAUUAGGCUCAAACCCUGUCCUGUCUGAUGGCCUGUGGGCUGCCAUAAGCUCUCCCACUAUCUCCCUAAGGCAAGUCUGGCAACUGCUGGAAAUAUGUGGCAGACUCUACAUCCCAAGAACAAGCAUACUCGUCGUUCUGAAGUACCCACGCUACUGGAGCUGCGAGAAGACAGGCAAGGGAAAAGUAGUCUUCAAGCGCACCGAUCGCGUCCGCACCAAAAUGCUACCCAAGAAAGCCGUCAAACUCAAGUUCACCGCCGGCGGAGGCAGUGCAGCUGGUGGGGCUGCUAAGACCGGCAGUCCAGCUCCAUCCGCCCUGCCGUCGACGCCGGGUGUAAGGAGAGAAGGUAGUUUCGGCGGAGGCGGCAAUAGAGCGCCGAUCAUGGGAGCACCGAGACCGUUACUGAAGCCGCCGAAGCCGCCGCCGGGAACGGUGCAGCAGCAGGCGCCGGUGCAGAGACCUCCGCUGCAGAAAAUCGCAAGUUCGAGUUCUGUGGAUAGUGCGCCUGGUAACGGAGGGGUGGAGGGGGGUGAGGAGCCGAAGAAGAAGUUGACGAUUAAGUUGAAAAUUGGGAGUGGUACUGGAAGGGCGGGGAGUCCGCAGUCUUAG